AUGUCUGAAAAGUUUUCCAGCAGAUUACUAAAGCCGACCCCUGAACUUCUUCAACUGUCAUCGAAACAAUUAGCCAAAAAGAAGAUUUGUAUCAGGCAUUUCGAACAUCAAUAUCUUGAUGGCUUCACGAGGAAAUACCACGGUUAUCCUACUCUACUGACUGAAGAAGAAUUAGCUUGUGGAGUACCCAGUCAAUCCAUCACUGACUAUUAUGAUCAUACUUACUGUAAAAGAAGGCAAGGUAUGGAAGAAGCAGCUCCUGAAAUAAUUAAAAAGCCAAAAUAUAGUAAAGAAUACAUGCUAGUUAAUUUAGAUGAUUCACAAAAUAGUAAAAGAGAAAAUACUGGAGAGACUUCUGUGUCAGAUGACAUCACCAUGUUGUCAAAGCCAUCAACUUCUCAGCAAAGUUAUUACAUCUCCAUGUCGCCAAAACCAUCAACUUCUCAGCAAAGUUAUGAUGUCCCCAUUUCACCAAAGCCAAAGUUUUUAAUUAUUGACAAACAAGUGCACAGCUCAUCUGAUAAUGAACAACCAGUUCCCGAUAGUAAUGAUAAUAGAAACCUUAGUUGUUCAUCUGAAGUAAAUUUAUCAGGAAAUAUGGUCUCCUCCAUAUUUGAAGAAAAAAAUAAAUGUAAAUGCGAGGAGUUACACUUCAGGAUAUAUUAUAAGAAAACUGUGUCAAAAUAA